AUGAGCGAGGACCGCACCCACAUGCACCAUCACCUGCAGCAGCAUCACCCCACCGCCAACAAGGGCCUUUUCGUGCGGCUGAGGGAAAACCAGGAGAGAGACAACACAAAGAAGGCGGAGGCGGUGCUGGCAUCGUUUAUCAAGAAUAAACUAGCAGAACAGCAGCGACAGCGCAGGAGCGGCCACGACGGAGGAAACAACAUUUCCGAUUCCCCCGCCGGAAAGGAUCUCGCUGUGUUACGUCCCAAGCAGCAGCACGGCGGUAUCUUGCCGCGGGAGAGUCCUGUACCUCCUCCAUACUACGUCCGACAGGAGAGGAAAACGGAGGUGACGCGGGACGUCGUCAACAAGGAGGAAUCGUGGCGCGAGCCUCCCCUCCCCCCCUACCGUGACGCCAUCAGCCCGGACUUCCAAACGGGUCAUGAGAAGGCACUGUACGCAGAGCGGGGAGCAGCCACGCUCAACAGUCCCCGCCCAAGUUUCGACACUGCGGCGAGCAUCACCACCAUCGACUCCUUCGAUACGUUUGCGGCCUGCGCGCCGGCCCCGACGCCUCGGACUCGCCCACCCCAACGCUGUCCGACCGUCGCCGAGAGCUCUUCCCGAAAACCCCGGGGCGCGAGCAACAACGGCAACAACGGCAGCGGGCACAUCCGAAACGACCCCGCGGUCGUAGUGCACGCGAAGCAACCGAUGAUUACUACUGCGACGGUCGGCCAGGGGGCGGGGGCGGUACCGGCGCCGCCGGCGCCGGUAGUGCGGUCCCACCCCGUCCACGUAGAGGCGUCGCCAACGUCUGAGCCGUCGCCAACUUCUGGGUGGCUAACGCCGCCCUCGUCCCACUUGGAGCUCCUGCGCUCGAGAAUUCGCGGCACGCUCCCCGUCGCCGUAGACUCGCACUCGAAGCAGCUUUCGACACUCUCUGGCCCGGGGGGCGGAGGACGUGCGCGCUCGAACCCGGGGGGGGGGCGGGAGGAGCUUGACGAAAGCUGCAGCCUUGCGAGCAUCCUGCCAGGGGGAAACCGAUUCGAACACCAGGACCGUUCCGAACCGACAAGCCGGAGCGGCGAUGCUGCGCCAGAAGCAAAGCACUUCCUCGGUACUCCGCCCCCCGGGCCGAGGCCACACCCGGGAAGGGAUCUCGAAACGUCGCCACAGGACCAGGAUCCUACUCCUCCCAAGUCAGGAAGGAGGAGGGCGGGGGAGGGGGAGAGGGGCGACAACGGUGGCGGUGGCGGUAGCGGUAGCGGUGAUGGGGGGACGCCUCAGCUCCUGACGAUCGGGGUCGCGUCGACUUCUUACCGCUCGAACCCGCCUAAGGCGCAGCAGGGGCGCCGCGGCAAUGACAACUUCCCAUUUUCUCCGAUGGUCGUGCAUCCCACUCCAAUAUCCGCCUUUGCGACUAGCCGCAACUCCUACCACACCGCGACCGUGAGGAGCACGGGCGGCGGCGGCGGCGGCGCCACCGCCGAGAUGCGUGUGAGAAUAUGCGAAAACUCGGAGAAGGAAAAAGCGGCAAGAAUUCCUUCGCGGGCAGCGGCGGCGGGGGCGGCGGGGGCCGCGGCUGUAGAGCCCGCGGUCGCGGUGGAUAAGCCCCCGGUGUUCAUUGCACCGGAUGGUGAGCCGGGGUCGUCCCCUUCUGGGUCUCCCCCGGUGUGGGUCACACGGCAUAUCGACUGCUCAGACACGUGCGGGCUGGUGUUGGUGAUGUCGGACAGCAGCGUGGGCUUGCUCUUCAACGACGGCACCAAGAUGAUAGUCGGCCCCGUCGGGGACAUGCUGGAGUACACGGAGCCCUCGUCGCCGCCUACCCACAAGCCCGAGUUGGGGGCGGAGGGGCGGGCACACGGUGGUAGCGACGCCGCCGCCACCGCCGUCACUGCGCUAGGAUACCCCCGCCGGAGCGCCUGCGGCGGCGCCACGUCGUACCACUACACGUUGGACAGCUUUCCGUUCUACCUCCGAAGGAAAGUGGCUGCCGUAAGAUACUUCCGUGAGCAUCUCCUGCCGGAAGGCGGUAGGUUUGCCGACAACACCAGCGAAGAGACUGGGUGCAAAUCACCGGCUGUGGCCGAGGCGGCGGACGCGGUAGUGGGGCACGGCCGGCAAGCUCCGCUGGCAUUCAUCGAGAAAUGGCAGCGCGAGGGGGAUUCAGGUGGGUGGAACGUCGAGCGAUCACCGUUGUGGGUGGGCGGUGGGAGCGAGAAACCCAGCCGGGUCAGAAGACGGAACAACGGUAAGAGGCACGAAACGGCGGGAACCGUUGGGG